GAGGAGGAGGAGGAGGUGGCGGCGGUGCUGACGGUGGAGGAAAAAGCGUCGUAAGAUAGGAGUCGGUGGCGGCGGCGGCGGCGGAGGUGGAGGAGGACACGGCGCCGCGACGCGACGCGACGCAGCGCAGCGCAACGCAACGCAACGAAACGCAACGCAACGAAAUUCAACGCAACGCAACGAAACGCAACGCAACGCAACGUAACGCGGUGCGACGCGAGAGUAACAAGGUAGAGACGAACGAGUACGAAUAAAGAAAAAGAGCUGGAGGAGAAGGAGGCGAGUAAGAAGUAAUAGAAGAAGAACCGACAACAGCAGGGGACGAUUGAGAGCGCACGGAGGACCGCGUGAUCCAAAAUGGCGCUCAAUCAGGAGAUCGAUCAGUUGUCGAACAGCAAUCUCGUCGUGAGGAUCGAUCAAAAUUCAGAAUCCGAUCUACAAGCUCUGUUCGACACGGUCUUGAAGCCGGAUUCGAAACGUCCGCUUCAAGUGCCGUUGCGUAUGCGCAAUUUACCCGAUUCGUUCUUCAACCCACCAUCGACCGGCAGCAGAAGCCCGUCGAUCUCGCACUCGCGCGAAAAUUCGGCCGAUUCGGCUUUCGGCGCCGGCGGCAGCGGCGGCGCUUCCGGCGCGGUAACGGGGAGCGCCGGAGGACGUAACGCGGAAUCGUCCGGCGGUGGCGGCGGCAGUGUUGCAGGCGGUGGUAACGUCUCCGUCGUGGGUGGUGGCGCCGGUGGCGGAGGCGGGGGUGGUGGGGCCGGUGGUAGCGUUGGCGUAGCGAAUGGUAGCGGAGGCGGUCCGGCCGGCGGAGGAAGCGCCGCCGGCGGUGUCGGAGGAGCUGGGGGAGUUGUCUCGGCCGCGGCCGCAGCGGCAAACGCAAACGUCAGCGGGGGUAACAGCGGGCCUGCUGGCGGAACGGCGAACGGCGGUCCGCCGAACGGUGCGGCCGGCGCCUCGGCAGGCACGGCCGCGAGUGCGAGCGCCGGGAGCGGACCGGCCGGAAGCGCCGCUGCCGCUGGCGCGGCAGCAGCAGCAGCAGCAGCAGCAGCCGCGGCAGCGGCCGCCGCAGCGGCUGGUUUAACGGUCGCGCAUCCGCGCGCUCACAGCAGCCCUGCAUCCCUGCAGCAAACUUACGCGUCCGCGCAGCAGGCGCAGCAACACGCGCCGCAGCCACACGCGCGUCACCACCAUCAUCAGAAGCAACGCAGUUACGACGUCAUCAGCACGGUCGACGACCUGGGACCCCUGCCACACGGAUGGGAACAGGCGCGUACUGCCGAGGGACAGAUCUAUUUCCUCAACCACCUGACGCGAACCACGACAUGGGAAGAUCCGCGAAAAACUGUCGCAGCUCAGAACGUGGCUCAAGUCGCCGCUCAGGUGGAGAGUGGAAAGUCUUCGGCUGCCGGCAAUACUUUAGGCCCUCUACCGGAUGGAUGGGAGCAAGCACGAACACCGGAAGGAGAAAUUUACUUUAUAAAUCAUCAAACGCGUACCACUUCGUGGUUCGAUCCCAGAAUCCCGACCCAUCUUCAGCGAGCUCCGUCAUCCGGUGCCAUGCUGCCACAAAAUUGGCUUCAGCAACCUACGGCUGGUGGUAUACCUAAUAACCAAACAUUGCAAGCUUGUCAACAGAAAUUACGUCUUCAAUCGUUACAAAUGGAACGUGAGCGUCUGAAACAACGGCAACAGGAGAUCAUACGCCAGCAAGAACUGAUGCUUCGACAAACUACUACGGAUGCUGCCAUGGAUCCAUUUUUAUCGGGAAUCAGCGAACAACACGCGCGUCAAGAAAGUGCGGAUAGCGGUUUGGGUCUUGGUUCUGCCUAUUCGUUACCACACACUCCCGAAGAUUUCUUAGCGAAUAUCGACGACAACAUGGAUAGUACCAGUGAUGGCGGUGCUCCCAUGGAAACUCCUGAUCUCUCCACUCUGAGCGACAAUAUCGAUUCGACCGACGAUCUCGUACCGUCGCUACAGCUUAGCGAAGACUUCAGUAGCGACAUUCUCGAGGAUGUACAGUGUUUCAUAGGCCCUAAUACGAUAAAACCUGAGAACGUGCUGACAUGGCUCUAAGUAUGGACACCCGCGGAAUUUGUUCGUAUAUACCGAAGAUAUUCGGCUCCUUCUAUUUACGACGGACGGACGGUAUUAGAAUUUUUUUUUCACCAAUAGUCGUCCAUUUGUCGGAAUUUGAACGGAGCAAGAAUCUAAUAUGAACUCGUGCCGCGCGUUAAAUUACUUUGUCCGUUUUAGGACCGUGUCGAGACUUUAUUGUUGUUGAUUCGCACGGAAAAAUACUGCGAGAUUUUUUCGCUCGCAAGGAAGAUAUGUUACCGAGCAGCGAGAAAAUCUCACGGUUCUCGUAACCCCGCCACGGUCGUAAGACGAACAGGAAAUCAAAAUGGAAAUACGUGAGAGCGCAAAGACUCAGAGCGCUUAGCAACGAAAACGUGACGAUAGGACCAACGACAAGACUCCAAACGCGACAUCAACGAAUAUACUCGUCGCGAGAAGGCUACUCUUCUUCUUCUUCAACGAUAGUGGUCAGUGGCGCCAAGGCGCGUUACACCUCUUUAUACAACUAUACUUGCGUAACACUCGAAUAGUCGUGCCUUCCCACUCGUUCUUUCUAAAUCAAUUACACCCAUUGAAACAACAAAGAAACUAAUAUUUGAUAUGGAUGCGUCUUACUCGCCAUCGAUAACGCACAAUUUAUAUUUUGCGACCAACCCAUUGUUUCUCAACUUUUAAAUGUUAUUUCAAUGUUAUGUGCGAGAACGAAGGCACACCUUCCUGACGCCUUUACAAUCUAUACGUAAGAAUGGCAAAGAUCUUUGGACUAUAUUUGUACAACGAAAAGCAGCAUCCAUUGAAUUUGAAAAUAAUGAGCACUAAGUAUUUUUUGUUUUUACUAAAUACAAACGGUAUAGUCUAUGUUUCGCGAGCAAGAUACGAUAAAAUAAAAGUUAUAUCGUAACGGAUUCGUUCGAAUCGUAGUCCAAAGUAAAUAUAUAUAUAUAUAUAUAUAUAUAUAUAUAUAUAUAUAUAUAUAUAUAUAUAUACAUACAUACAUAUAUUAUCAUUCAAUUUCGAUCAUACUCGGAGUAUAUUUUACGAGCGAUUAUAUGCUAACCGAAGUGCCUUAUCUCUGCAAUCUAUUUUCGUCGACGAUCCUCAGUCGUCGUUUUUCAAAGCAAUAACCGUCCAUACGAAACUUUGAUGUGAACAUGUGGUAAUUGUUAAAAUAAGUAACAUGUUUUAAACCCUUGAAACGUUUCAGUGAAAGGGACACGAAAUGAAUAUAUAUUUUUUUAUAUAUAUAAAGUCUAUACUUGUUACGAAUUGCAGUUAUAUUGGUAUUUUCAAAAAUCAUGUUAGAUCGUAUAAAAAGUUCUCUUACGUUUUAUACUGCACACGAUUAUAUAAUGGAGAUUACAAAAGAAGAAAAUAUAAUCAUAUUUAUAGAUUCUAUGAAAUAUCUUAGCCAUAAGAAUUUUUGCGCGUUAAAUCCGUUGUGGGUCUGGUGAAGCAGUCAGUUAAGAAGGGCCGUUGAAAUGUACUUUCUGUUUUCUCAGAAACGACGUAGCAGAGUUAUUACCGAUAAUCAAAGUGACUUGGUAAAGAAGAUAACACGCGUAUAGAUAUAUAAUUAGUUACGUGGCAGCUUAGCGUAUACAACUAAAACGAUGAAUGACGUGGCCACUUGGCGUCGCUAACGUAUCAUUAUUUUUCUGUCUUUCGAUCGUUGACGCGGAUGACUCUUCUUACGAAUUCCUAUCCGUGAGAAAACUUGAUUUGAAAAUGCGUCAUCGUGGUCGCGUUGAUUCACCGAAAAUAGAUCGUCGUGUACUAGAUAUAAAUUGCGUAUAUAUUGUAAAGUUUUUGUUUUCUCGCGAAGGCGACAAGCUCUCCCAUCUUUUCUCAUAUUUAAGGAAAACUUUCGGAGAUGCAUUCGUUAUAUUCAUUUCGUUAUUUGCGAAACUCUGAGAUUUGACAUGUUUUGUUUAAUAUCAGCCGUGCGAAUAUCGAAUAUAUGACUCAUCUAUACGAAAAAAGCAUAAAAUUAUUAUUACAUAAAGUAUUCUCGUUUAUAUUCAUUACACUUUUAUGUUAUCGGAUAAAAAUUUCUUCAAGAACGAAGUUACACGGUAAUUUAUAAGCAUGUCAAAAACUGUAAUACACGAUGAACGUAUUUCUUUCCUAUUUUCUUUUAA